AUGGCCUCCGCCCUCCGCCCGCGCUCCCCACUGCUGCUCGGGCGCCUCCCGGGGCCGCGACGCGGGGCCUGCGCUCCGGCCAUGGCACCGCCGCGCCGCUUCGCGCUGGAGCUGCCGGGCUGCACGCUGGCUCACUUCGCCGUCGGCGCCGACGCCCCCGGCGCGCUCCCCGACCCCCGCGCGGCCGCGCUCCUGGGCCCGCCCGGCCGCAGCUACUCGCUGUGCGUGCCGCUGGCGCCGGGCGGGGACUGCGCGGCCCGGGUGCGGGCGGCGCGCCUGCACCAGCGCCUGCUGCACCAGCUGCGCCGCGACCCCCUCCAGCGGUGCGAGCUGAGCCCGCUGCUGUGCUACGGCCCCGGCGGCGGGGCGGGCGGCGUGCAGCACGGCUUCCUGCUCCACGACCCCAGCGACAGCCCCGACACCCGGCGCGCGUUGUUCUCCCUGCUCGGCGAGUCCCCGGAGGGCCCGCGUCUGGGCGAGUUCGUGGGCGACGCGCGCCGUCAGGUGUGGCAGCACCUGUGGGAGCUGCGGGACGGCGCGGGGUGGCGGCAGGUGGGCCCCCGCGAGCGCGUCGUGUCCGCCCCGGAGCCCGCCCUGCACCCGGUGGUGCCCGACCUGCCCAGCUCUGGGGUCUUCCCGCACCGGGAGGCCGCCCGCGCCGUUCUGGAGGCGUGUAUACCCUUCAUUCCUGAAGCCCAGGCAGUGCUUGACCUGGUUGACCAGUGCCCGGAGCAGGCCCAGAGAGGAAAGUUCCCGGUCAUUGCCAUCGAAGGACUGGAUGCCACAGGCAAAACCACUGUGACCCGGUCAGUUUCGGACUCACUCAAGGCUGUGCUCUUAAAGUCGCCCCCCGCUUGCAUCAGCCAGUGGAGGAAAAUCUUUGAUGAUGAACCAACUAUCAUUAGAAGAGCUUUUUACUCUUUGGGCAAUUAUAUUGUGGCUUCUGAAAUAGCUAAAGAAUCUACCAAAUCUCCUGUGAUUGUAGACAGGUACUGGCACAGCACGGCCACCUACGCCAUAGCCACCGAGGUGACCGGGGGGCUCCAGCACCUGCCCCCGGCCCAUCAUCCUAUAUACCAGUGGCCUAGGGACCUGCUUAAGCCCGACCUGGUCCUGCUGCUCACAGUGAGUCCCGAGGAGCGGAUGCGUCGGAUUGAGCGCCGGGGCAUGGAGAGGACCAGAGAGGAAGCUGAACUGGAAGCCAACAGCAUAUUCCGUCAAAAGGUAGAAGUGUCCUAUCAGCGGAUGGAGAACCCUUGUUGCCAUGUAGUUGAUGCCAGCCCCUCAAGAGAAAAAGUCCUCCAGAUGGUCUUAAGUGUAAUCCAGAAUAAUUGUAAUUAAUUGUAAUUACUGCAAAAUGUAAUUAUACAUUUUGCUAGAUUUGAUGUUGUUUGAUGCAUCUAGGCCCACGACUGGUUACCUGGUUUCCCCAGAUUACUGUUGCAUAAACAUAGUAUGUCCUAGAAAACUGGAGACCAGACAUUUCGAUUUUACUUAACCAUUGUCCUCCCUUUUGACCAAUGGACCCAUCCAAGUUGAGACUGUCAUGUUCCAGCCAGAGAUCAGUGGUUGCUUUCUUCAAGUAUAACAAAUGUUUUCUUGGUAUGUAUUUUUAACUACGUCCCUACCAAAUCCCUCCAAGUUUUUCUCAUCCAGAAAGCAUGAGGUAUACAGAAGUAACCAGGAAGAUCUCCCAAAUCAAUGGAAGCUCCUCAGCCUCUCCCAUGCCUACACCUGGGCCACUGAUGAGAUCUCCAUGUGGUAGACUUGCCUUCUUCCCAAAAUGGCUGCACUUUGCUGGGGACUUGGCCCUGAUCCUAGGGCCAAGUACUCUUGAAGAAAGGGUCCACGUGUCCUGGCUGUCUGAGGAUACUCCCACAGAGCCAUCUUUGGGUAGAGGACACUUACCCAGAAGACCUAGACUGUGCCCUACCACCUCUGAGAUGGUCCUCGUGGUUAGCACUUCAGAGUCAAAUACAGAGACUGCCAACCCCAGGUGCUCGAAAUACAAAUACACCAACCUUCUUUGAAUUAUGUUCUGCUUAUUUAUAUUUCUUUCUUUUCCCCUGACAACACGGUUUUGGAUAUAAUGAGUGUUUUGGACUGAGCUAGAUGCAUUAAACUUAGCCAAUCGAGCAAUAUAUUUAUAUUGAUAUUUACAUCAUGUUUCUCCUCAGUGUGGGGCUCUGCUUUACUAAUUAAAAUUGGAGCCAAGAAGCUAAAUGCAAUGCUUGUUGUGUAUUUUCAUUACACAGAUUUAAUUUAUCUUACUAAAUAAGCACAGUGGAUCCUGGAAUGGGAUUUCUUAGGAAAUUAUCUUGCACUUAAAUGUCUUAUGCUUACACAUGAAAUCAGCUUUGAGAUCUGUUUGCCUAGGGGGAAAAAAAAAGCUGAGGAAAGAGGAAAUCUAAUAACUAUGUGGCUUUGGGUAAGUCACUAAACAUCAAUAGUUCAUGUAACUUGAUCUAAAAAGUGAUAAUAAUUCUUUAUUUGUCCUAAGGAGUUUGCUGAACCAGGUGAUUACCUAAAAUUCCUUCCAGUUCUAAGCUGGGUGAAGUUUGUAAAUUAGACAUCCCCCCCAAAUAAUUACAUAUAAGGCCUUAUCAGGUUUAUCAUAUAGAAUCUUAAAUUAUAAUAGGUUAGUAUUAAUAACUGCAUCGUACUGUUUUUCAAAGGAAUUAUAGGUAAUUUUUACAUAAUGUAUUUACAUGUAUAAAUAUGUACUUGGUUUCAGUUGAAAAUAUUUUUAAAGCCAAUAAAUAGCAUUAGGUUUCUGAAAGAUGUGAUAUCUAAUCAUGUUAUUGGUGUUAUUUAAACAGUUUGAAAAGCUUAUGUCGGCAGUCUAGAAAAGCAAACAUUUUAUGCUUUCUCUCUGUACCUUGCAAAUGAAUAAAGUUGC